ACCGACGCCAUGAUUUUUACUGUAGCUGAGCUGGACCAGAAAAUGGAUGCUUCCUGAUAGUUAGCUGAGUCGCUGUCUGUAGCUCCCAGCAGAUUUUGCGCAGCACUUUAAACCACCCGCCUCGGAUAUCACACUCAGACGACACAAGCCUACAUGUCUGGUUCCUCUAGAGACGAGCUGAAGCUAAUAUAAAAUUAUAUGAGGAGGCUGUUGUGGCUGAAGUGGAGCUGGGUCAGCUAGCAGCUAGCUGGCUAAUGCUAGCAGACACCACCGGUUUGCCAGUGUUAGCUAAGUUAGCUAAAAGAGGCUAACACGAUAAUAACAGACAACUGAUCAUAGAAAUAAAUGUACUGUCUCUCACUCAGCGGAAGAACAGUGAUAUAAAUCGGACCAAAGGCUACACCUUAAGGUAUGGCCUGGAUUUGAUUUGGACGGCGCUGGUGAUGGCAGAAGGGACUGACACUGGCGAAAUGCCCUCCUUUGACCAAAGUCCUAGUUCUGAAGCAAAAAAGAGACCUACUUCUUCUGAUGGCAGAGACGAGCCCAUGAGGAAAAUGCCUGUGUCAAAAUUUGGUUCCAGGCCUCGAUUCGAGCCUGUACACUUUGUCAGUGGUGGAAGCAGCGGAGGAACUGGCGCUGAUGAGAAGGAGAACGAUAAGGAGCGCAGGAGGAGUGAGUCAUACAGUGCGAGACGGGACUCUGAACACUCUUCGUACAGCAGCACUAGCAGAGCGCAGGGCUCCUCCUCUCUGAGGCCUGCUUUUGACAGAGUGCCCUCAUACAGUUCUGACUCAUGGGGUCCCCAUAGAGACAGAGACAGAGAAAGAGACAGAGAGAGUUUUUCAGGUAGCACAAGUGGGCUGGGAUAUGGAGGACGUGGGUCCACUUCAAACUUCAUGGCAAAAACACAGCAGGAAUACGCAGCCAAGUAUGAAGCCCACUCCUCACGAACUUCGGACUCCUAUUCUCUCCCCCACAGAUACAAUGGAUAUGGGGGAGGGAGCAGAUCAGGAGGUUGGGAAUCUGGACGUCAGGGAUUGGGGUACGGUCAUCAGGACCGGCCGUCAUCAAGCAGGCCAUUCAGCCGAGUCUACAACAGCCCGGGCAGGAGCAGUCCCACCACAUCUCAGCUGGGCUCUUCGUUGCAGCCUGUUCCCAUAUCUCAGUCAACGUUAGAUGAGAAGCAAAGGCUGAUCUCCAAUGUAGCGUCUGCUUUGGCUGUUGCUUUUAGGGACCCUAUGUUCAUGACCGGAAGUGAAUCGCCAAACUAUAAUUUCAUGCUGAGCCGCAGCAUUCAGGCCUGCAAGACCAAUCCUGAGUAUAUUUAUGUCAACCUGAAGGACAUUCCUCAGGCAGACCUACCAAAGAACAGGAAAGUACCAACAGAUGGUUAUGCCUGUGAACUGAGAUGUCAGGGUGUGUAUCUUGCUACCGGAUACUCUGGUAGUAAAAAUGGAGCGAGGGACCGGGCCUCUGAGCAGGCUGUGAAACUCUUCCUGAAAGCAGUCGAGGUUCGUGUGGUGCAGCGCAAAUUCAGGCACUUGGUAGUCACUGACAUGGUUGUGUGCCAGGUGCACAGCCCAACCCCAGGCUUUUUACCUGCACUCCGAAACCCAGAGGAUAAACCCACACCCAGCUCCAAGGGCCAAUACGAGCCUGACAAACGGAAGCACUGGACAGAGUUUGUGGUUAUGGAUAAUGCUCAUGACGCCAUCUGCAUACUCAACAAUUCUGCGGCUUUUAAUCGCAUGAAGAUAGACUACAAGUUCGACCUGCUCCCCAACAACUCUUGGCUGUGCAGUGUUUUCCUGCAGGAUGAACUGGUCGCUCAGGCAACAGGUACCAAAAAGAGUUCAAAGCAUGCAGCAGCUCAGGAGGCAGUGAGGAAACUUCGCAUGAAUCAGGCACAACGACAACAACAGCAGCAGCAGCAGCAACACUACCACCACCACCAACAACAACAACCACAACAACAACAACAGCCGCAACAACUAUCACAAUACUCCAGAGAAAAUAAUCAGUCAGAUUCUGGGGGACGCUUUGGGCCACCGGUUGGCAAAAAGAAGCAUCUGAGUGAAUUGGUCAUCCUGGAAAACUCUGACAAUGCAAUCUGUAUCAUUAAUGACACAGCGCAGUUUAAUAAAGUGUCUGCUGAUUACAAGUUCACAGUUCUGCCUGAUCAUCGCUGGAGGUGUGAAGUCUACUUGGAAGGACAGUAUGUAGCAGCAGGAAUCGGGCCCAAAAAAAUAGUGAAGCACAUUGCAGCAAAGGAAGCCUUGGCCACCUUGAGGCAAACACAGGCUGUGGUCAAAUCCAACUUGAGAAAGGAAGGUCACAACGACGCCAUAUCCCGAUCCCAGAUCCUGGCUCGCUCUGGUGAGGAGGCCACAAGGCAGGAGAUUAAGGAAGACAACAUCGGAAACCAGCUGCUCCGCAAGAUGGGCUGGAAAGGAGGCGGCCUGGGCCGAGAUGGGGAGGGCAUUGCAGAACCAAUCAGAGUGAAGGAACAGUUCUCCAGAGAGGGAUUGGGUAUGGACACGGACAAAACUGGGAACCAGCUCAGCAAGCGUGAUAUCGAGGACAUCAUUCGUAACUAUGCCAGCUCAGACCGUCAGGACGAUCUUCGCUUCUCCACUGAUCUCACCAAUGACGAACGCAAGCAGAUCCAUCAGAUAUCACAGAAAUACGGCCUACGGAGCAAGUCGUACGGACAGGGACGGCAGCGGUUCCUCGUUGUCAGCCGCAAAGUACACAAAGACCAGCUGAUUGGUCAGCUGUUACAGGAGGGACAGGUGGGACGAUAUGAACUUGUGAAACCUCAGGCCUCUCACUGACUUGCAUGCAGGGCAAAAUUUAAAAAAAAAUCAUCAGACAUCGGCUCGGACUUCAUUACAAAUCACAAGUGUAACAGCUGUGUUUAUACUUGUGUGACAAUUUACAACAUGUUAACACAUGCGAAUCCUUCAGGGAUCACCUGUGGUUUCUGCAUUCCUUUGCCAUAAACUGUACUUUAGCUUUAGCAGGGGCUGUAGGAUAAGUGUCUUUUUUGUCUCCUGUCAUUCCGUGUCUUAUUCGUUUCACUUUUGCACAACGAGCUUGUGUUCAGUACUUUGUGGUAUCAUGUCCUGAUGAUGACUCUGAGUUUUUUUGUUUUUUCUUGGUCACUAAAAUCCACUUUUUGUUUUGUGGCUAUUUAAGGAACCUGGCAGAAUAUGCAGCUUUCCACUGCUUGUUUGUGAACAUUGUUGACAGUAGACUCGUGAGAGGCAUCAACAUCCAACCGUAGCUAGGUGCUCAUAUCAGUCUCACUGUAGUGUUACAUCUCUAUACAGCAAUACCAGCAAUGUCAUCUGCUCUUUCAACACUCGGAGGUCGUUCUACAAGUACAAGCUGCAACCAUUAUCGGAAAAAUCUUCACCUGGAAAUUGUAAGCUGUGAUCUUUGUUUAGUGUCAGAUGUGUUGGUUUAUGUGAGUACAGUUAACUUGUCUGCUUGUUUUCACAGCUGUAAUGACUGAAUAAAUUAAAACUGAUAACCAUCA